UACAAAUAAUGCCUUGCUCUGGCCGACCACACCUGGGUGGAGUCCUGCGGCGGCUAAAAAUAAUAUGACAAAGGACUGAUGAACUCUCAUUUCCCGUGAUAUAAAAUGCAAAUAUUAAACAGAACUGUGAUCUUUUUCUGCGAAGGCAAAUAUUUAUGCACAACAAUGUACUGAUAGACUCACAGUUAUAAUAAUUGUAGUUUAAGUAGUUUAAUAAUAAUAAAUGUGACUUUAUAUGUAUUCAAGUGAAUGUUUUUUUGUUUUUGUUUUUAAAUGAUGCUAAUUAAACAUCCUUCUACAUGUUUUUAAGUUUUAUCUGAGAUCACGCUGAAACCAAACAUGCAGCCAGAUAUGUUAUCUACUCGCAACACACAUGUAACACCCCUAGCCUCGACAAACACAUACACAUUCAGCCGUGUCGGAGAAACCAUGUCAAAGAUAUAUGCAUACCAUUAUUAUGAGGAACCGUCAGAUGCUCAAUUUGUUGCCAAUUUUGGCUGUGGCAAGUUUGAUCAUCAGGAUAUGCGGAUCGAGCUCUGUUCUUCCAGUGCUGACUGGCCCUGACAUGGCCUACCUCGGCUCAAGGGUGGUUUUCCAGUGUAUUGCGCCUGCCUCAUCGCCGGCUGUAACCUAUGAGUUCAUGAGGAGCGGUGGAGUCCUGGUCGCCACGGACAUCGACCUCCAAGGUGGCCAAUUUGCGUCAUUCUCCAUGAAGGUGGCUGCAGCGUCAGACGGGACGUACCACUGCAAGGCCACGGCUGGAGGCCAAACAGGAGUCAGCAACAGCAUCAAGCUGAGUGUAGUCACUCCAGCAUCAAACACCAGAGUGACCUCUGACCCCUUCCCCCCUGCUGCGUACGAGGGGUCACGCAUUGUCCUCAGCUGUGAUGUCCAAAUGGGCUCCCACCUUUCCUAUACCUGGUUUUUCAACAGGAAGGAGGUGACAUCUUCAACCUCCGUCCCGUUUCACUUCACUGGGAACAAGCUAGUGAUGGAGAGCGUGACUCCGCAGCAUGCUGGACAUUAUUCUUGCAAUGCAUGGUCCACAGUGAAUAGCAUCAAGAGGGUUUCCAGCAGCACAGAGGUCCAGGUGACAGUCAAAGUUUAUAUUUCGAAGCCACAGAUCUUGUUCUCCUUUUUCAAAGAGGGAAACAGUUACUAUGGCAACGUGACCUGCUGGUCAUCGAGGGGGACUCCUCCAGCAAACUUCUCUCUUUCGCUUGAUGGCCAUGAAGUGGGAUAUGUCACAAAAACCGACUCACUUGUUGCCUGGUUCCACAUUGCCAUGGUACCCGGGGUGGACAUGGGCGUGGCACAGUGCCUUGUGAAAAGUGAGAUUCAGGAAAUGAUAAGUGAGCCUGUGACUCUGGAAGUAGUCCCAGCUGGAGGGGAUGUGAAGGUGGAGGUGGAGUAUCUAUACACAGCUGACUCCAAGCUAGCUGCUGCCAAGCUGAACUGUCAAGUCAGCAGAGGGACGUUCCUUUACAUAUCAUGGCUCUUUAACGACUCUGCCCUCCCCUCUGUGGACUCCCUCGGUCAGCCCAUCACGUCUCACAAUGCCCUGACCAACCGAGGACAAACCCUCGUCCUCUCUAGGCUCAGCCCGGAGGAGUCUGGGUAUUACCGCUGCAGGGCCAGGGACAGCUUUGAGGACUCUGGACCCUGGGUGGAGAGUGCAGCACAGCUGGUUCAAGUCACAGACAGGAGCCUUCACUCCUUGACACAAGCAACACCUGCCACUGAAACAUCACCAAAGGUGUGCCUGUCUACCAUAGAGGGAAUCACCAUAGCGUUCUGCUGCUUCCUUUUCUUGAUGCUGGCAGUGGGUUCAGCCUGUUGGUACAAGAUAUCUGACAAGUCAGUUCGUGCCCACAUUACUCCAACAAACUCUGAGGCACUUCCCCUGUCUGAAAUCCCAGUCGGAGGGCAAGCUCGUUGACACUUUCUCUUUGGACUGUGAGCUUCAGAAUGAGACCUUGGAGAUCACAUUAUGAUACAGGAGGAUCCUGCACAGCUUACCUAAUUUAAAUGUAAUGUCUGAUUUAGUAUUUGUAUUCUUGUGUUGCCAAAUUGCUUUUAAGCCACUGUUUGAACAUUACCUUUAAUUUCAAAAGAAAGUGUAUGUACCACCUACUCUAUACUGUCAUAAUUAGUUUUCAUGAUAUUUUUUAAUCAAACCAAUAAAGAAUUAUGUUUCAUUA